AUGACAGCCACAGCAAUUGCGGGCCCACCCGCUGUUCCUGCCGCUCCUGCGGUUCAGGAAUUCAUGAUUGGCUGGAUAUGCGUCCUCAGAGCAGAGUACCGAGCAGCUCUAGCAAUACUAGACGAAAGAUAUGACACAAAGAGCGUUGUCCGAGGAUCAGAAGACAAGAACCAGUACGUGCUAGGUCGCGUUGGACCUCACAACGUCAUCAUCAAUCUCCCGCCAGUCGGCUUGAACGGACCAGUGCACGCGUUCAGCGUGGCCCGCGACAUGAAAAGUACUUUUCCCAGAAUGCGCUUCACUCUUCUGGUAGGAAUCGCAGGCGGCGUACCCUCUCUGGACUCAGAUAUUCGCCUUGGAGACGUCGUCAUGGGACAAAAGGUUGUCCCUUACCGCACCGGCAAAGAGACGCAAUAUGGCUUCCAGCGAACUGGCAUGAUAAAAGCCCCACCAAGUGAGCUUCUCACGACAAUUGGCUUUUUGAACGAUCGCAUCGACAUGGAUGGGUUAGAUCUUUCUCUGUCCAUUGAGGAGGUCCGUACAAAGAUUUCAAAAGGUGGAGCUGCAUUUCUUCGCCCUACCUCAGAUCGAUGUUACAAAGUUGGCUUCGCCCAUCAAGAAUCUGGCUGUGAUUGCCUUUUGCCAGAAUCACUAUAUCCAGAGCGAUUGAUUCACCGCAGUGAGCGCGAGGAUGACCCAGUCCGGGUAUUUCUCGGGGCAAUGGGAUCAGACGCUGCUGUGAUGAAGAAUGCCCAAAGCCGAGAUGCAAUUGCUAAAAGGGAGGGCAUUGUAUGUUAUGAGAUGGGAUCAUGGGCUGUGAUGGAUCUCAUACCUUGUCUUCCGAUACGCGGGAUUUCCGAUUAUGCCGACGAACAUAAAAACGAUGCGUGGCAUUUAUAUGCCUCUUUGGCAGUAGCAACAUGUGCAAGAGAGUACUUACUAGCGCUUCCCCAACUCGCGGUUCGAAACUUCCCCGUGAUCAUCCAGGGAUCCGAAAUCGAACGGUACAUAAAAGGUACCACGAGCAACCCAAACAUGUUUUGCGGUAGUGGAAUUGAGAAGUUACAACAGACUCGCGAUCACUUGAGAGAGCGCCGAGAACUAUUCAAAGAGCUCAUGCAUGGAGAACACCAGGAUUCAAUCUCAAUGGAUCAACACGAUGAAGGUGCGAAUCAAAGUCAAGAUCAAACGUUGAAGGAUUUACGUGAAGGGUUGAAACAUCAUCUCAAAGUGCUUGAUCAAAUCAUGGAUCAAGAGGACGAGCUGGGUCGGAGCGGAGAUCCGCAUGUGAGGCAGAAAUACAUGCACCUGAAGCACCAAAUACGGGCAGACAGGAUGAUAAUGAGAGAUCUAGCUGAUCUUGCCCCCGAAGGUGUGGAGUAUACUGGAGAAUGGUUUGAGAAUGCGGGAGAUACCUUCGGAAAUAAAUCUAUGAGGAAGACUGGUCGUCUCAUGACAUCAACUGGUCAAUACUUCCGAAAGAUGGGGCAUUUGUUCAAAUCGAAAAACAUCACUCCUAAGCGCAUGUGGCGAGGAUUGCGACGAGGAUUGCGCGGAGCUUAUGAGGGAUUGCGACGAGGAUGGCACCGAACUUAUCACUGGUUUUCCCCUGCCCAGCAAGGACAGUUGCUUGAGAUGUAG